CUUGGUAUUUUAAUUAUGAGACUAAAACUCUUCUUGACACCACACAUGUGUGUUAUGGCAUCACUGAUCUGCUCAAGACAGCUAUUUGGAUGGCUCUUUUGCAAAGUACAUCCUGGUGCUGUUGUUUUUGCUAUAUUAGCAGCAAUGUCAAUACAAGGUUCAGCAAAUCCACAAACCCAGUGGAAUAUUGUAGGGGAGUUCAGCAGUUUGCCACAAGAAGAACUUAUAGAGUGGAUCAAAUAUAGUACUAAACCAGAUGCAGUGUUUGCGGGUGCCAUGCCCACGAUGGCAAGUGUUAAGCUCUCUGCACUUCGGCCCAUUGUGAAUCAUCCACAUUAUGAAGACGCAGGCUUGAGAGCCAGAACGAAAAUAGUAUACUCAAUGUAUAGUCGGAAAGCAGCUGAAGAAGUGAAGCGAGAACUGAUAAAGUUAAAAGUGAACUAUUACAUUCUAGAAGAGUCAUGGUGUGUAAGAAGAUCCAAGCCUGGUUGCAGUAUGCCUGAAAUUUGGGAUGUAGAAGAUCCUGCCAAUGCUGGGAAAACUCCCUUAUGUAACCUCUUGGUGAAGGAUUCCAAACCUCACUUCACCACUGUAUUCCAGAACAGUGUUUACAAAGUCCUAGAAGUUGUAAAAGAAUGACUGCUACAUGAACUGCUGCCUAUGGAGAACUACAUCAAUGACUAGACAUUCACUUUGCAAAUAAUUGUUGUGGCUCCAUGUUUGCUCCAGACACAGAGCUUUUAUUAUCACCCAAAGAUCCCUAUGGGAACCAAAAGAAUCGAACUGAACCAAGAUUUCUGCCAGAAUCAAUUUCCUGAAGCCAGGAGGCUUUAUCAUUCACAGUCUGUGCAAAGGAUUUUUUUUUUUUUUUAAAGAAAAACGGACUCCUUUAUUUAUUUCUCCCUUUA